AUGAAUCGCUGCGGUGCGCUGCGGUACGGGGCCCAUACGCCGCAGCGCCUACUUCAAUCAUGCUAUCCUGCCCGCAACGGGACCCGCCCAUUGCUGGCUGCCUCAAGCGCACAUGAUCACCACAAAAAGUGGCCGCAGGCCACACCGGUAGCAGUGUAG